UAUGAACUCAACAAACUUUUAGCUCCAAAUUUCUCUGAAAUUCUCAAUUUGCUUUCUAAGUCUACUUUAGUAUCUCUAAUUUGUUUUUUUAGUUUCUCUUUUCUUUCCAUUUCCACUAAUUAAAAUGUAGGGAAUCUACGGACAAAAAAGUUAUGAGACUUUUACGAAAAGGGUGUUCAAUUUCUUGGCAUAAGGGUUGUAAUAAGUCUUCUAUGGCUGCUUAAUUUUCUAUCCAGAAUACCCUGCUAGGGACUUCUUGUUAAGAAAAUUCCAAACUGGAGUUAUCUUCUAGCUAAGCAAGUUUCUGACCAGAAUUUAGCCUCUUUACCUCCACGUGUUAGGGGUAAGGUCCGCGUAUGCCUUAGACCCUGUUUUAUGUGAUUUCACUUGGUAUAUUGUUGUUGUUCAUUUUCACCCAAAAAAUGGUUAGUUAUACAAGUAAAGAAAGAGUAGUUAUUUUGGAGGAUCAGAAUCAAGAAAGCAAAAUAUGUGUAGGGUGGGAUUUUCUUGAGUUAACUGAGUAUAUAGGGAAUUCCUCUGAAAGGGUAGCUGAGAAUGAAAAAGUUGAGGCAGAAGUUAGAGAAAAAGAUGUAAACUUGGAUCUUUACUCUAAAAGGGUAGAUGAGAAAGAGGAAAUUAUGGCAGAAAAUAGAGGAAAGAAGCCUAAAGAUGGAAUCUUGGACCCUUCAUAUAAAAUGGUAGCUGAGAAUGAGAAAAUUCAUGCAGAAAUUGGAGAAAAAGAAUUAAUCUUGGAUCUUUCUUGUAAAACGGUAGCUGAAAAUGAGCAAAUUCAGGUAGAAAAUAUAGAAAAGGAGCCUAAAGAUGGAAUCUUGGAUCUCUCAUGUAAAAGGGUAGUUGAGAAUGAGGAAAUUCAGACAGAAAUUGGAGGAAAGCAGUCAAAAUUUGGAACCUUGGAUCUAUCUUUGGCUCUUCCUAGCAGUAGUAGUAUACAACAAUUAUGUAAAAGAGUAGCUCAGAAUGAGGAAAUUCAUGCAGAAAUUACAGAAAAAUCUGUAAUCUUGGAUAUUUCCACUAAAAGGGUAGCUGAGAAUGAAGAAGUUCAGACAGAGAAUAGAGAAAAAGCUAGAAUCUUUGAUCUUUCCGCUAAAAGGGUAGCUGAGAAUGAAGAAAUUCAGACAGGAAAUAGAGAAAAAGCUGGAAUCUUGGAUAAUGAGGAAAUUCGGGCAGAAAUUAGAGGAAAGAAGCCAAAAUUUGGAACCUUGGAUCUAUCUUUGUAUUUGCCUAGCAGUAGUAGUAGUCGACAAUCAUUGGAACCAUCAAAUGACAACACAAGGAUUGGCUAUUUCAGGAAUGGUUCCUUGUCGUCAUGCUAUUCCCAUCCCUUUUCCCACAACCUUAGCUACUCACUUACCCUGAGUUCAUCAAAGGACAGUGAGUAUUCUGGGGAGAGACUUAAUUGGUCGGUUUUUAGCCAGUUUAGGCCAGUUGAAGGAGGAGAUUUUAGAUUGACAAGUCAUAGUCAUGGGACUAGUUUAGCUCUUGGUUGUCGAUUGCAGGUUAAUAAGGAUAAUGAUAUUGAUAGGAUCAGCAGCUCGGACAGCAAUCCCUUUGUCCUAUUCGAGUUGCCUGCAAGACCGACAGGAGAUUCGAAAGUUUCAGGAAGUACGGAUGGAGGAAGAGCACUUGAACUUUAUCAGCCUAAGAGAAUCCUUAGGGAAAUAGUUUCAGAGUCUGUUCCUUUUAUGGCUCAGAUUGUGCAAGAGCUUCCUGAUGAAACAGUUGAAUCGACAAAGGAAUACUUGAGAAGCCUAAUUGCAAUUCCUGAGAAAGACUUUUUUGUCAGCCUUCAGAACAGGCUUAAUCAGAGAUCUGAUCUUACCAUUGAGACUCUCUCAGAGUGUAAUAAGACUCAACUGGAAUUUUUUGUUGCCAUAAAAAUGGGUCAUAUAAGCUUCUUAUCUUUGGAAAACCACCUUCAAGCUACUGAAUUGAUUGAGAUUUUUUCACUUGAAAGGUGUCGGAAUAUAUGCUGCAAAAGGGUGUUACCUGUUGUGAAUUGUAAAUGCAAAAUUUGUUCGAGAAACAAGGGAUUCUGCAGCGAAUGCAUGUGUCAAGUAUGUUUUAACUUCGAUUAUGCCAGUAAUACUUUCAGUUGGAUAGGUUGCGACCGAUGCUCACACUGGUGUCAUGCUGUUUGUGCUGUUCAGAGAAAUUUUAUAAAGCCAGGUCCAAGUAUCAAUGGGCCAUCUGGAACUACUGAGAUGCAAUUUCACUGUCUUGGUUGUGGUCAUCCUAGUGAAAUGUUUGGGUUUGCUAGAGACGUGUACUUGCACUGUGCAAAGGGCUGGAGUGAGGAAACUCUAAUAGAAGAGCUUGGCUAUGUUCGAAAAUUUUUUGAUGGGAGUGAAGAUUUUAAAGGUAAGGAGUUGCAUGCUAUAACUUGCGGGUUGUGCAACAAGCUCGAGAAAAAGAUGAUCUCUCCUUCAGACGCGUGUGAUUUCAUCUUUCAUUUUUUUAAAUACACGGAUGGCUUGUCGCAAUUUCUUUCAUCUAGUUUUCCUGCAUGUAUCACUCUUCUAACUAAAUCUUCCUUCAACAUCAUGGGCUCUUCAAAUGGAACAAAAGGUAUGAUUACAGUUGAUCAUCAUCAAGACGAUGCCAAGGAUCCCUCUAAAUCUGAUAAAAUGAUUGGCGAUAUAUGUUCAGCCAUAAAAGAAAGAUGAGCUCCUCCAGGAGAAGAAACAUAUGAUAAUUUGUAUGGCGUUGUGAGGAUUAAGGAAGCAGAAACACAGAUUUUCUAAUUAUUUUAACUUCCAUUUUGUGAGCCUCAAUUCUUAGCUCGAUUGAGUAUUUUUUGUCAAACACUAAUAGCAUUGUGGUUGUCAUAGUAUUUCUCGUGUUGGUUCUUGUCCUUCAAUUUC